UGAAUUAAAUGUAAUAAAUAAUCAAAAAUAAAGAUGAAUUAUUACCGACAAUAUGUUGGCUUGCUUUUGCAAGUAAUCUAUUUUACUGCGAAUUGUCUCGAGGAAAAUGUAAUAAUUAAUAUAAACGAUAAAAAACCAAUUGCCGUAACUAGCAAUGCGUUUCUCAGUUUCACAUUGGAUCCGGCAAUAUUGUUGCAUAGCACCGAUGCACUCACCAAGAAUAUCGAAAGAAAUACAAAUAUGGCCCGGGGUUUAGUGCCGGCCUACAUUCGUCUUGGAGGACCACAAAGCAACUCUUAUAUCUUCGAGCGAAUGUAUUCGCAUAACGCUGAUGUCGAUUCAAAUGAUACGCUUUUUGCAAAGCAAUGGACAUUGAUACAUCAAUGGACGAAAAACGUUGGAUUAGAUAUAAUCGUUUGUAUUGCACCUCGAUAUAUCGAGAAUGAAUCAAAAAUGCAUUCCAAAAAUUCGAUAAAUAUGACGGAGCUUCUCUCUUUUAAUGAUCACAUGGGUUACAACGUCAGCUGGCAAUUGGGUUAUGAAUGUCAAACUAAAUGCAAUUUAUCUGGUGGAGAUUUAGGCCAACAUGUCGCAAGUUUCCGCGAAAUGCUCAAGACUUUUCCGAGAUAUUCAAACAGCUUAAUCACAGGACCCGAUAUUGUAGCUUAUAAAACGGCGCAACAACAGAAAUAUCUUCAAGAUUAUCUUAACUCGGCAGAUACUGCACUUUCGGCGAUUACAUGGCAUCCGGAUUUUGCUAGUGUCUCUUUAAACAAUAACAGCAAUGAGAUUUCCAUGAAUUAUGAUAAUAUGGUUGCUGAUAAGAAUGAGCUGUACAAAAUCAUCAAUCGAGAGAUGACGAGAAAAAAACCAUUAUGGAUUGCGGAAUCAAAACCUGAAAAGUUUAAACACGAAUAUCUAGGAGCACUUAUUUGGACGACAAGACUCGGAAAUGCUGCAAAACUUGGCAUACAAGUUAUAAUGAGACAGCCAUCAAAUUUUUAUAUAGCAACUCCCGAUUACUGGGUAUCUUUAUUGCACAAGACUUUAGUUGGACGUCAAGUUUUGGAACUAAAACUUCAAUCAAACAACGAAAGUUACAUGCAUCUGUACAGCCAAUGCACAAAACCUUCUGCGUUGUACAAUAAAGGAGCUAUUACGAUUUUUGGUGUAAAUUUGACACCAAAAGAAAUGACCGCUAAUCUAAAGGGCCUCAAAGACAAAAUUCUACACAAAUACAUUCUGUCGCCAGAUACCAAAACUGGCAACAAAAUGUUUUCAAAAAAAGUCUUAUUAAAUAAUAAACCACUCGAUUUAAUAAACGAUAAGAAGUUACCAAAUAUAGAGCCAGAGAUUAUUAUCAAAUCUGAUAGCCUUGAAUUAAAGCUUUCUUCUGGGAAUAUAGGUUUUUGGGUUAUACCUAAUGCAAAGGUAAAAGCUUGCGUUUAUUCUGAAAAGGAAAUGACCGAGAACAUUACAGAAAAGAAAUUAUCGAAACAACAUAAAAAUAUCAUUGAACAAGACAAUCAAGAAAAAAAAAUUCGUGACAUAAAAAAUUAUCAGCAUUCAACCCAGGAAUCUGAAAGAAUGAAGAGAGAUAUUGGCAAAAAAUUAAUCGAGAUAGGUCUAAAGAAGGACAAUGUUUUUAAAAAACAUUCGAGAUUUGAGAACACGAAAGAUUAUAUAAAUGAAAGAAAAACAAAACGGAAAGGAGGAGAUGAGUUUAAAAGAGAUGAAUUGUUGAUACCAUUCAAUCCAAGGACUACUGACAGCGGUGAAAACAAUUUCUAUGGCUUUUCUCGACAUAAUCCUAUCAGAGGAUUUCCCGAAAGCGACAUUUUUAUCACUACAGGGGACUCGUCGGAACAAAAUUACGAUUAUAUUCAAAAUGAAAGCAAUGAGAAGGAUUCAGUAUUGAAGAAUAUGCAACACAGAAAAGAUUUUACGCAAAAACAUAUAGAAGAUAAUACAUGGAUAGAAAUGGAAAAUGAUCACAUACCAAACGAGUUUUUUGAAAAUGUCAAGUUUAAUACAAAAAUCAAAGGAAAUCCGAAAAAUUAUGACGAUCUUUUGGAAGCAGAAUUUUUUCCUCAAGAACAUGAGAAUGUCGGAGAUAAUAAUAAAAUAGCUACUGUAAAAAUUCUUCAAGAACAACUACCUGAAGAGAGAGAGGAAAAACAAGAUAUAGAAGAAAGCAUGCAAAAGUUGGCUGAUUAUUACGAUCUCGAAGAACAUGAUCGUGACACAAAAUACAAGGCAUUAAAUCUUGCUUUGAAACGCUCUACGAUGCCAUUCAAUCAACUUGUCAAAACUCCAAUUUACAUAAAUCAUCAAGCAACAAAUACAAAAUCUGAAGAAACAAAACUAAAAGUAGAAUCAGAACAGAAAACUUCGAAUUUUUUUUAUCAACCUUCUCAAACUGCCACUGUAAAUUCUAAUUAUAAUAAUUAUCGCACUAAAAAUAUGAAAUACGAGGAAACUAACUUAGAUAAAGAAAAAGUUUUGACCACGAAUAUAUUAAAUAAUAGAGAUAAUAUUAAUACAGAAGCAAUUAAAUUUUCUCGACCUGCCGAUGUAAAUACGGAAUAUUCUAUUCGCGAAAUACAACAUCCAAUUCUUCAUAAUAAAAGAUUUAAAAGAAGUAAUUACGCAAACAUUCAAAAGAUUCAUUCUGAAGAAAUGAUCAAAGAAAACACAAAAGAUUGCCAUUGCAGAAUUAUCCAAACUUCCUAUUUAUCGAAGCCAAUUUGUUAUUAUCGUUCAAAACGCGAUAGUCAAAUAUUAGAUUCUUCAGAAAGUGUAAAUGUAGGAAGCGAUCAAUCGCAGAUAAAUAUUGAAAAUUCUAUGACGAAAGAAGAACACGAGAAAAUUAUGGCGGGAGAAAUACUUCCAAACAUUAACGUCAUUGAAUCUGAUUAUGAAGAACAUGAUAUAACUACAGAAAUCAUAACUACAGAAUCAAGUACAUUGGAUUAUAAACCAAACUACGUAACGCAGACGAUUGAUGUAAAUUCGACAUCAAUAAUGGAUACUUCAGAAGUAAAUAAUAUUUCGGAGCAAUAUCAUAAUGUAGAUAAAUUUAACGUCACGAGUGUUUUGGUAAAUUCAGAAUUUUCUACAAAUAAUGCGGAAGAAUUGAAUAAUGAUGAUAUUAUUAACAAUGAUAUUACAAAAAUGUUUUUUCGUACCGAAUCACCAAGCAUCCAAUCGGAAAACAAGACAACGACGUAUGAUCCUUCCCAGAUUGUUUUUAAAAUGUUUUCGGAUAAUCAAGAUAUUAUUAUCUCCACGACUGAGGACGAGCAAGAAAAAAUCCGCGAAAAAACGCAAAAUCUCAUCAAGGAACAAAAGACCGACAGCUCAACUUACUCAACAAUUACCGAAAAUCAGGAAGACGAAGAACGGCGCGAUAAUAACUAUAAAAUUAGUUUAAAAUCAACGAAUUUUCUUGAAACAACAAAGGGAAUUGCCGAAGAGCAAAUGACGACGGAAACAAUUUUACCAAAUAACAAUUUUAUCAAAAAGCGAAUAACAUAUAGAACACUUAAUAAUUCAGAAUCGAGCGAGUCAAAAACAAAAUCAAAAGAUAAUGUACAAAGUGUUGAAAAUACUCAGAAUAUUGAAUCCGCAGCUGGGACACAAUUAAAGGAAAAUAUUGAAACAAAAAAAUUGAAAACUAUAUUUCGUAAAACUCCAUUGAAAGAACAUACGAGAUAUGAGGAAUACUUGAACAAACGUGCGAAGCAGAUCAACAAGCUGAAAGAAAAGCUAUAUGCGAGACAGGAAAAAUUGUUGCAGCAAUAUCACCAUCAAUUAACGGAGAACGAACAGAAGCGGAAUCUGAAGAGAAGAGAAAUUUGGGAGAAAUUUUACGAAAACGAUCAUUUUCGUCAUCAGAUCGAUCAGGGAGAGUUUGUUAGCAUUCUAAACGAUAAUGACAUUCCCAAGGCUAAUAAUAAUGAAAAAUAUGAAAUUCCUAUCGAAUUUGUUUCUAAACAACAUGAAAAUAUUCCAAAUCGAAUAUAUACAUUUGCGAAAAUAAAGAAAGAACGUUAUCCGAAAUAUUAUCAGUUUCCUCGACACGUGAAAAUAACUGAAGACGAUGAAAAAUCGACCCUUACAGCUUUAAAUUCCAAAUAUAAUCAAUAUUACGAGCAUCUUCCAAAAAUAAUAAAAAAUGAACAAGAACUAGCAGAAAUACCUAGAUUUUCGAAUCAUAAAGAUCAUCAAGAUUGUCGAUAUUCCGAAAAAAUAAUUGAAGAGGGAGAAUCAAGAGUACCUUCUAAGUCCUAUAAUUAUAGAAUCUUUGCAAUCGAUCCUUCAUCGUUCUCGUAUCGCGACGGCGAGCCGAUAUUACAAUUGCACGAUAAUCAUUCAAAACUUCCGAAAUAUUACUCAAAGAUUAAACUCGAAAGUCAAAAUUCAAUUCCAAAAUGGAUGCUUGAAAAAAUUAAUCAAAUUCUUUUAAAAUCAACAUUUAGCGAAGACCAACAUCAAACUUCCAAGUUACAAGAAUACAUGAAAAAAACAUCGAUUAAAAAUGAUCAAAAAAAUGCUAAUGCCGUAUAUAUUUUUGAUAUACACAAACAACAUGACCGGCCAAACGAUAUCGCAAGAUUUGCACAAAUCUGGUCAAAUCCUCUUAAUCGACGGAAUAUUGAUCAAAUUAUAAACAAUACAACAACAGAUGAAUUAAAUAAUAUUUAUAAAGAUCUUGAAACAAAACAUGGUAACUUAAAUAUGCCUACAACAGAUACAAAAAUGGAAUUGGCAAAAGAUGUAAAAAUUGGAGAAUACGUAAAAAAUGAAAAAUUUAUCAAUUCUCAUGAAAAAGAAGACAUAUUGAAUGUUGAAAAAACUGAAGAUACUACCGAAAAAAUUAUAACUCCUAAAAAUAUUGAUAUACAUGAAGAAGAAACGUUAAAUAUAAGAAAAUUUAAUAAGAAUGUUGCAGAGUCAGAAUAUACAACGACACAUUUAAAUAAUAAAAGAAAAAAUAUAGCAAAGAAUAUAUUUAAGAUAGCUAAAGAUACCCAAAAAAUUAAUGAAUUCUACGAUUCAAAUAACGAGAUACAAAAUGAUAUAAAUAAUGAGAUGGCUAACAAUAAUAACGCAGUCAAAGAUGUUGAAAAAAUUAUUGAUAAUGAUUCUGGAUUGAGCAAACUUGAAACAGGAAAUGCAAGAACACGAAGAAAUAUUAGAAGCGAUGAACAUCUAGAGCGAUUGUUAUAUUUUCUAUUGACAAGAACAAAUACACAAGACGGAUCAAAUUACGAUAUGUACGAUCACUUAAAGGAAGACUCCGAAGAAAUACUUAGCAAUCAACCAAUCCUGUUCUAUCUAUUAACAAAAAAUGAUGAAUUACCAUUAAAUAAAAUUCAGUUUCAAAAAUUAAAAAAUUACUUAACUUCUUCGCAGAAAAACUUGGAAAUCAAUCAGCAAGAUGAAAAAGAAUAUAAGUCAACAAAAUGUAUCGUCUUUAUACCGACUAAAGAUUCAUAUAAGAUGUUGGAAGUGAAAGAUUAUGAAGAUUCGUUAGAAAGUUCCGAAAUUCCUUAUUCCGAAAGUCAAUAUUUAGCACGAAAAAUAUUAGAUUCAAUAAGAUAUUCGGAUGAUGAAUUUUCAGAAGAACUUGUAUAUGAAGAUCUUUCGGAUCUGCUAAAUGAAAAUAUUCCAGAUAAAGAAGUUUAUUCAUCGGAAAGUAUGCAAGAUGUUUCUAUACAUGUCAAAGAUAGAGGAAUUAAUCAUGAAUCAGAGAAAAAAGACGAACAUAAAAACGAAAAAAUUAAAUAUUUAGAAAUAAAAGACCAAAUACCAUCUGGUAAAUGUGAAAUGUUAUUUCCUUCAAAAGAAAAUGAGAAAAGAAGGCAGCGAAGAGAGAUCAAAAACAAAAUAAUUGCAGGCAUAAACCAAAUAGAAGGCGAGGUAAUUAUUCUCAUAACGUAAUAAUAAUCUGUUAAAACUGCGGUUGAUCUUUUACUAGAUGAAAAAAGAUGUUUACAUAUGUAAUUAUCAAACAAUAUA